AUGUUCCAAGGCCUGGCCGGUCAGAAGAACAAUGACCUCGAGUUGGACCGAGCACGUGGAUCCCCUUUCUCCCUAGAGAUUAAUGUCUUAGAAUUGCCUCACAAGUUUAAGAGGCCAACCUGGAAGAUGUAUACAGGGAAGGAAGAUCCCUUUUCGCAUCUCAAGUAUUUUGAAAUGCAAAUGGACCUGCAAGGAGCACGAGGAGAUGUAUGUUGCAGAGUUUUUCCUACCACCCUCUUAGAGGCCACCCAACAAUGGUAUUUCAAGUUGGCGCUCGGAAGGUUUAACUCAUGGAAGGCUUUAUCCUCAGAAUUUCAUGCACAAUUCUCCUCUUCUCGUCAACUUCUGUUGCACUUAGAAGACUUGGUCAAAGUGAAGCGAAGACCAGGAGAACCUCUCCGAGCUUACAUCAGCAGAUUCAUGACGGAGGCAACUAAGGUUGCACGGGUGACUGAAGAUGGAAAGUUGUCCGAGAUACUGGGGGACAUUGAAGUUCUUAGAGAACUUUGGAAGGACCUCAGAAAGAACAGACCAAUAAAUUCUAUGAGUGACUUCCUUGAUCGUGCGGAUGGUUUUAUCAAGCUUGAAGAAGCCAUUCAUCGAGCAGAGGUUGAGCAAAAACCUAGCCAGCCAAAAGUUCCUUCUGUUGGAACAUCCGUCCAGCUCCCCCAGUACCCUAAAAGUUCAAACUCGAGUGGUAAAUGGUCCAAUAACAACAAUAGGCAAGGAAAUGGAAAAAAGGGAAAGUUUGUUGGCGAAACCGAACAAGCUCCCAGGGAGAAUACUACCAAGUUUACUGCUUUCUCCGUCCUGACAGAAGAUAUAAAAACUGUUUACAUGGCUACUCAGUCAUUAGCUCCUGGGAUAAGAAAAAAUAAUCCGCACGUGCAAAAGUAUGUCAAGGCUGAUCAAAAUCAAAAGGGCGAUAACAACAAAGAUUUACUACCACCACCAGUAGAUGGACAUCUGCAAGUCAUUAUUAGAGGUCCGCACAUAGCUGGAGAUUCAGGCAAAGCCCGGGAAAGGUAUGCCCGAACAGUACAGCAUGAGCAAGAAGAAGUAGUUCUGGCCGUCGAAGAAAGGAAACCAAAAAUACCACGAGCAGGGGAGCCCACCAUAACAUUUAGUGAUGAAGAUGAUGUCAAGAUUAGUUUCCCGCACAACGACCCGUUGGUUGUGGAAGUCCAGAUAGCCAACAAGAUGGUGGCCCGAACCAUGAUAGAUAAUGGAGCCUCUACGAACAUCUUAUUCAAAGCACCGUAUGAAAAUAUGGGGCUCCAACUCAAAGACCUAACCCCCUGUCUCCAGACUGUGUAUGGUUUCUCCGGCCAAAAUGUUACACCUCUAGGGCGAAUUCGCCUGCCCCUCACUGUUGGGCAAGCUCCGAGGAGCAUAACUAUAAUGGCACAAUUUUUAGUGUUGGACGUUCCAUCAGCAUUUAAUGUCAUGUUAGGCCGACCAGCUUUAUAUGACUUAAAAACUGUUACGUCGAUAUUCCAUUCGUGCCUUAAGUUUCCAACAAAGAAUGGGGUGGGGUGCCUGAGAGGAAAUCAACAAGUAGCUUGGGAAUAUUACAACCUUGCCCUAACCAAGGCUAAAAAGGAAGUAUCCUCUAGCCAGAGUUCGGACAAAGGGAAAAGUAUUUCCAAAUAG